AUGACAUGGCGCUAAUAACACAAAUCAACUUAAGCCUUCACCCCAGUUCAAUAAAAAUUCUGUCUCUAGAUUUCUAAUGAUUUAGUUGCAGAAUGGAUUCCCUCCCUUAUGCAAACUCCAUCGCUGCUGGAUUAUUCACAAUAAUCAUCGUGUCCUAUUACUUAUCACGAAGAUGGAGAGCUGCCGAUUCCACGGGCUCCCCACCUGAAGCCAAGGGUGCGUGGCCUAUAUUGGGUCACCUUUCUUUGUUAGGAGGCUCCACACCUCCUCACAUAACUUUGGGAGCCAUGGCGGACAAGUACGGACCCAUUUUCACCAUCCGAAUUGGCGUCUAUCCGUCGUUGGUGAUAAGCAGCAGUGAGAUCGCAAAAGAAUGCUUCACAACCAAUGACUUGAGCCUAAACUCGCGCCCAAAGAUGGCGGCUGUAGAGCACAUUGGCUACAACUACGCCAUGUUUGGGUUCGGACCAUCUGGACCCUAUUGGCGAGAAAUUCGCAAGAUCGUCACGUUGGAGUUGCUCUCAAUCCGGAAGGUUGAGCUGCUCAAGCACAUUCGAGUAUUGGAAGUGACUACUUUCUUGGAAGAAUUGCACAAAACUUGGAGUACAAGACAAAAGGAGGGCUCGAAUGAUGGAGUGGUUGUAGAGCUGAAGCAAUGGUUUGGGGACAUGACGCUGAACGUGCUUGUCAGAAUGGUGAACGGAAAGCGGUAUUCAGUAGCUGCCGAUGAGGAUGAGAAGAAAGAAGCGCGUAGGGUUCAGAAUGCAUUGAGGGAGUUUUUUCAUUAUGCGGGGCUGUUUUUGGUGGGUGAUGCGGUUCCUUAUCUGCGGUGGUUGGAUUUGGGUGGACAUGAGAAGGCAAUAAAGAAAAUUGCGAAGGAAUUGGACACCAUUGUUGGCGAGUGGGUUGAAGAGCAUAAGCAGAGGAGAGCAAAAGGUGAUGCAAAAGGAGAGCAGGACUUCAUAGAUGCGAUGCUUUCUGUGCUUGAUGGUGCAGAACUUGGCGGUUUUGAUGCUGAUACGAUCAACAAAGCCACAAGCUUGGUACAUAAUAUGAUUGCAGCAGGUAGCGAUACCAUCAUGGUGACAUUGACAUGGGCAAUAUCGUUAUUGUUGAACAACUCGCACGUUUUGGAAAGAGCCUUAAACGAACUGGACACCAAAAUAGGUAGACAAAGAGUUGUGAGUGAGCAAGAUAUAAGCAACUUAGUCUACAUCCAAGCUAUUAUAAAGGAGACGUUACGUUUGUACCCACCUGCACCGUUAUCAGGGCCACGUGAGUUCACUGAGGAUUGCACCAUUGCUGGGUACCAUAUCAGAAAGGGCACCCGGUUAACCAUGAACCUCUGGAAGCUCCAAACUGACCCGAAAAAUUGGCCUAAGCCAUUUGAGUUCAAGCCAGAAAGAUUUCUUACCACCCACAAGAAAGUUGAUGUGAAGGGUCAACAUUUUGAGUUGAUUCCGUUUGGAAGUGGUAGAAGGGCAUGCCCUGGUUUGGCAUUUGGCCUUCAAAUGGUGCAAUUUACAUUGGCUAGUUUCCUACAUGCGUUUGAAAUCUUGAACCCGUCAAGUACACCAAUUGAUAUGACGGAGAGCUUUGGAUUAACCAAUAAUAAGAGAACUCCACUCAAAGUUCUCAUCAAACCUCGUUUGUCUUCUGAACUUUAUGGAUAAAAUAUAUAUAUAUAUAUAUAACAUUAUAUUUGUGAUAUGAAUAAGAGAUUUUUGUUGUUAUUAAUUAUAUACAUUAAUGUAUUUGUAAUCAUAAAAUCAAUAAAAAAAACUGCUAGCAAUAAUGAAUAUUCAGGAA